AUGCUAUCCUUCCGGAAAGGAGACGUAGUGCAUUCCGACGAGCCAUACUCAGCAGUGGUCAGCGACAGUCUCCUCGGUUCCGUUUGUAGCUGUUGCUUCUCGGAGUUUCCUCGCAACAGAGCGAACUACAAUCGGUGCUUCGGAUGUGGAACGGUGACCUAUUGCUCGACAGCAUGUCAGCUGGAAGAUGCAGACGACCACGAAAUCGAGUGCAGAAUCAUGAGCACCUCUUCUGAGCAACCAGAUGAGUACACCCGUCUGAUUCUCAGAACCGCAGCUCGAUACUCGAGAGAACGAGAUAUCGGACAACAUACCAUCGGAGAGUACUUCGGUCAUAGGAGAAUUUUCGAUGAUUUGAUGAGCCAUAUCGACGACAUUGGGGAUGACGAUCUCUUAAGACAUUUCGAUUACGCGAAAAUCAUUAGAAAGAUGCUGAGGAGCUCCGAGACUCACAUCAGCGUGGAACUCGUAAUGAUCAUCAUCCUGAAGCUAUGCAUCAAUGCUCAUAGCAUCAUUGACUCGGAUUCGGGAACUGGGAAGUCGCUGGGCGCGGCCGUAUAUCUCGCUGCCUCCAUUAUCGACCACACCUGUGAAUGCAUCGACGACUACAUCCAGUUAUUCGAUGGGAAACGAAUCUACCUCAAAGCGUUGAGAGACUUCAGCGUCGAUGAUCCCCUACAGAUACGCACUCAUUAUAUAGCGCUUGACUAUCCUUACGGGAGGAGGCAGAGAUUGCUGCUCUCAAAGUAUUAUUUCAAGUGCAAAUGCAACCGGUGCCUGAUCGACGCCAAACUCCCAGGAACCCGACUUUUGGAGGACCUUGAAAGCUUCCUGUCUAUGCCUGCCGACGACAGCUGGUGGGAUGCAGCUCGGGAAGUGUUCCCAUAUUUUUCCCAGAUACCGGUCACGAAUUCUUACCACCACAUUCUGUUGAAGAGACUUCGCAAUAUUUCAUCCGGACUCAGCUGUUUCGGAGAAGCGAGUGCUUUCGGUUACAUGGCUCUAAUAGGAGCCGCUUCGGUCCACGAGAAACAACGGAUUCUCUACCAUCUGAGUUACGACAUGGCAAGGAGCGGCAGCAAUCAUCCUCGAAGCGAGAACUACGCCAUUUUCCGCCGCAUACAGAAAAUGACUAUCGAGCUCCUCGAAGACAUCUUCCACAAAAAUCACCCUCUCGUCCUUUCGAUCCGAAAAUUGACUUCACUGAAACGAAUAAAAAGCUCUUGA